AUGUCAACAUCAGAGAACACAACAACAGUUAUAGUCCAUGAAGCUAUAAAUGAAGAAUACGAGUACAUACAGUAUAACAAACAGUUACGUCUCAUUCGUUCGGUCAAAGACGAUAUGUACCAAAUGCAAAGUAUAAUGAAUGCUCUUCGUUCUACAAAGCAAGCAUAUCAUUGGUUUGAAAACCAACAGACAAAAGAACUUUUAGAAGAAUUUCCUCAUAUGAUUGCUUCCCUCGGAAAACCGGGGGAAGAGAUUCCGUACGAAAAUCGCAAGAAUUUGGCUCCUGGUUUGAAAGGUUAUUAUGUUCAUAGACUUUUAGUAAAUGCUGUAGCAAUGUGGGCUUCACCUCGUUAUGCUUGUUAUAUUUUCAUGAUGUUAGAUGAAUUAUAUAAAGCAGAACGUGGAGAGAUGGAAAAUAAGCUUGAAGCAAAAGACAAAAGCAUUCAGAAAAGAAUACCACGUUCGGUACCAAAAGGAAAGGAAAAGAACUAUAAGUAUAUGAUUUAUACUGAAGAUAUGGAAGACAGUGACAUGGUUAUGUUGCAUUUAGUCAGAAGAAACAACAAAAGCUUUUACGACCUUGCUAAGAUUUACAAAUCUGACAGAAAUUGGUUCUAUCGCGAAAACUUACCGAUUUCAAUGACCCCAAAUGAAGAUGUGAAACAAAUUGUUCAAGAUACGUUACCUCAAACACACUAUGAUAUUAAAGGUUGUACAAUACUUACAUUCAAAGAAGACUUAACAUUACUGAAAGAAAAGAUAACAGAGUAUUUUGACAACUUCAAACAAGUAGGGUAG